AGCCUGGCUCAAAGCUCGAACGCCUUCUCCAGCUCGACUUUUCCUCGCCAUGGCUCUGCGCCGCUUUAACGCAGGUGGCAAGAAGCAGAAGGAGCUCACCGAGGAGCAGAAGCAGGAAAUCAAGGAGGCCUUCGAUCUCUUUGACACGGAUGGCUCAGGAGAGAUCGACUCCAAGGAGCUGAAGGUGGCCAUGCGUGCCUUGGGCUUCGAGCCGAAGAAGGAAGAGAUCCAGAAGAUGAUCUCUGAUGUGGACGACGAUGGCUCUGGCACCAUUGGGUACGAGGAAUUCCUCAAGAUGAUGACGCACAAGAUCCUGAACCGGGACCCCAAAGAUGAGAUCCUCAAGGCCUUCCGUCUCUUUGAUGAUGAUGAGACUGGCAAGAUCUCCUUCAAGAAUUUGAAGCGCGUGGCCAAGGAGCUCGGCGAGCGCAUGACGGACGAGGAACUUCAGGAGAUGAUUGAUGAAGCAGAUCGUGAUGGCGAUGGCGAGGUGAAUGAGGAGGAAUUCCUUCGCAUCAUGAAGAAGACCAACCUCUUCUAGGCGCAGGUCCAGGUGUGGACUGAGAACGCGCUCCACAAUCUAGAGUCUUUGACCUGGACCUUCAGGCCGUCAAGCAGAUGGUGUAGUUCUUCUUGGUGACGCAUGUUUUCCGUUCGGCGAGUGUCGGAAAAUAGUUUCCUUUUUUGCGGUAAAAGGGCUUACUCCGAGACAGAAAUCCCGACCGCGGCCGCCUUUUGAAGCCCCCC